CCAAAAGUAUUUUUACUGGACUGGUACUUCGCAAAACCCUAGGAAUUAGAAUUCUUGAUUAGGGUUUCUGUCGUCAAACACUGGACAUGACGCAGAAGGCUAAAUUGUUCAAAGGACAACAGAAGAAGAAGAGUAUACCUCCUAAUCGCCAUGGAAAAGCUUCUCAAAUUCGCAAAGGAAAGAGGGUAAUUAAACCAUCUAAAAUCUCUAAGGAUAUGGAUGAUAAUCGGGAGGUAAGUAAGUUCAUAAACUAUUGCAAUGAGGUGAAAGCAGCCACAGUAGCUUGCAAGGAUGGUGGACACCUGAGCAUUGUUAAGACAUCUAAAGAAUCAUCAGGUGGAGCACAGAAAGGUUAGCCAUGAUAAUGAUAAUGAUGCAUGAAACAAAAUGAGGUCUAAUGAUCAUCAUAAUCAUAUGGUAUAUAAAUGAAGUUUUGGAAAAAGAUCAUACAACUCAUGCUUGCUAGUAGCCUUGAUUUCACUGGUGUGCCACAAAAUCUCCUGCAAGAUUCAAUGAUUCAUUAUCAUUGUCGUUGAUAAUUUUGAGGUUUCAAACUGUUUCUAAAUUUUGCAUUGUGUUUCCAAGUCACUUAAUCUGAUUUUUUUUAAUUAUCAAUAUUCAUUAGAGUUGA